CUGAGAAGAAAUCCGAAAUUCGUCUUUCGUAGAAUGCCGACGAUUAAUGUUUACUGUGCAAUAGUUGUUUGAAAGUAACUGUCUCCAGCAUUAUACACAAAUGAUGGAUAUGGAAUUAGAAAAUAUCGUUGCUAACACCGUUUACCUUAAAGCCAGAGAAGGGGGAGGUGGUAAAAGGAAAGGGAAGAGCAAGAAAUGGCGAGAAAUGAUGAAAUUUCCUCACAUUAGUCUCACGGAGGACCUGCGGCGAACAAUAGAGCCAGAAUAUACUUCAAUAUGUGAAGAUCAACCAAUCGGUCAACGCUUGUUUCAACUUUUCUGUGAAACCCAAUCUGAACUUUCAAUUUGCCGUGAAUGUCUGGAACAGAUGAGAAACUAUGAAGAAACGUUGCUGGAAGAUCGAAGACAAGUCGCUCAAACUGUGUUCGACAAAUAUUUGAAAGAAAGGACCAGCAAUGGUGUUCUCCCACCUACCGUAACGAAUGAAAUGAUCGACGCGAUCGAGGAGCGAUUAAAAGCUCCACCAGAGUGCGACCAAGAAGAACUUAACCAGGAUUUAUUUUCCGAGUGUUCAAGCGCCAUUACAAACUACCUCAGCGGGCAACCCUUCAAAGAAUUUUGUGACAGCAUCUACUUUUCAAGGUUCCUUCAAUGGAAAUGGUUGGAAAGACAACCAGUGACCAAAAACACCUUCCGACAAUACAGAGUACUAGGCAAAGGAGGGUUUGGGGAGGUGUGUGCAUGCCAAGUUCGUAGCAGUGGAAAGAUGUACGCUUGUAAACGACUGGAAAAGAAAAGAAUAAAAAAACGAAAAGGAGAAGCAAUGGCUCUAAAUGAGAAGCAAAUAUUAGAAUCCGUCAACAGUAGAUUUGUGGUGAGUCUUGGGUAUGCAUAUGAAACCAAGGAUGCAUUGAACCUAGUGUUGACUAUAAUGAAUGGAGGAGACCUGAAGUUUCAUAUUCAUAACAUGGGAGCUCCUGGCUUCAGCAUACACAGGGCAAUAUUCUACUCUGCGGAAAUAACAUGUGGUUUGCAUGAUCUGCAUAAGCAACGUAUUGUAUACAGAGAUUUAAAGCCAGAAAAUAUUCUUCUUGAUGACCAUGGUCAUAUAAGAAUAUCGGACCUGGGGUUGGCGGUUCGAAUUCCAUCGGGCGAGAAAAUCAAGGGAAGGGUGGGCACUGUUGGUUAUAUGGCCCCAGAAGUAGUGCGAAACGAGCGAUACGAAAUGAGCCCCGACUGGUUUGGACUUGGGUGUAUUAUUUAUGAAAUGAUUGCCGGGCAAGCCCCGUUUCGUAAACGAAAGGAAAAAGUGAAGCGAGAGGAAGUAGACAGAAGGGUGAAGGAAGAUACCGAAAGUUACGAUGAUGAAAAGUUUACAGAGGAGGCGAAAAGUAUUUGUUCCAUGUUAUUAAAGAAGGAUGUAAAAGAUCGGCUCGGUUGUCGAAAUGGCAGUUGUGCAUCUGAUGUAAAAGCUCACCCUUUUUUUAAAAACAUCAACUUUAAAAGACUCGAAACUGGGAAAGCACCUUUUGGAAAUCCCCCUUUUGAUAAAGUCCCAUUCGAAUUAGAUCCUCAUGCAGUGUAUGCCAAAGAUGUUCUAGAUAUUGAACAAUUCUCAACAGUUAAAGGUGUAACCAUUGAUGGAAAAGAUAACGACUUUUACGCAAAGUUUUCAACAGGUUCAGUCUCAAUACCUUGGCAGAAUGAGAUGUGUGAAACUUCAGUCUAUAAAGACCUGAACGUGUUCAAUGCCGAUGGUUCUCCCACCCCAGAUUUAACCCCUUAUGAUCAACAAAGCAAUCCACCUAAGAAAGGUUUCUUCAGUCGUUUAUUUGGUCGACAGUCAUGCUGCAGCUCCGAUGCCGGGCAAUGACGACAAUUAUCAUUCUUAGAAACAACCCGAAGGUUCAAAGCCAACCAGGAGAGCAUCAAGGUGACCUCUCAUGAUGUCAUACGUUGUCCUGGCAACUACCGACGUUGCCACGGCAAGCUGUGAUGAUGUCAUCAUGUGUUCCGCAACCAGGGAUGAUGCCAUUCGUUGUCGCGGCAACCAGUGAUGAACUGCUUACACUAGGUGGCAUUGUUUGGCCAAAAAAUUUAGUGUUGCAGAUAGCUCCCUCUUGUGACCACCUCUUUCGCAUUACCAGUGUUAGGAGACUUACUGUGUGAUGUCAUAAUGAGCAGUGACGUAACAAAAGAGCAACAAUAGCAUUUCUUAUUUUCACUUCGCUUCACACACACUCACUCUUGCCUGCCUCCCGGUGUUCAUCUGAUCAAAUCGAACUCAGUGUUUAUUAUGACAUCAUAGUAAAUCGUUGUUCGGGAAUUCGAACGUAAUAAAGACACAUUGUUUCCAUUGUUAUUCAGGAUUGCGCUCGUUUUUAAGCCUCUUCUAUUUGAGAUCAUGUUUUACUAAGGUUGACUUUUUCAUUGUAAGGGGGAUGUAUAAUAACCGUUCCAACUUAAAGCUGAUUUUAUCAAAAUCUUAAUACACAAAGCACAACUUCAA